ACAGCUAAAACCAAAGCAGGGUAGAUUUUAUAUUUUUUUUUUGAUAAAACAUUUGUUUCUGGUUUCUUGAUAUUUAUAAAAAUAUUAACUCUUAUAUGUUCAAGAAAAAUGGCAGAUAUAGGAUGUCGACACUUUCAAUCCUAUAUUAAAGAACAUGGAUUGGACACACUGAGCGUUGUUGAUGCUUUUUUUUCAUCAUGUAUUUCCAAGGACGCUCGAAACAAAAAGGCUCUAUCGUGUUCCUGCUUUGAAUGUGGCAGUUUUGGGCUGCAGAUAUUUGCCUGCCUUCACUGCAUUUAUUUUGGCUGCAAAGGAACCCAUAUUAUUGACCAUUCGAAAUAUUCCAAGCAUCCGCUUUCACUGGAACUUUCACAUGGUGCAGUGUAUUGCAAUUCUUGUAGAGACUACACUUAUGAUCACCGAUUCCAAGAAAUUCAAGACAAGAACCGGCGACUGGAAGCGAAAGAUCUUAAAAAGAGUCUCACAUACAGGUGCUGGAAGCCGAAUGCCACAGAAAUAAACCUCUUGUUAAACAACCCAAGAAGAAGAAUGAUAAAAGCCAACCAAACAAUCGGCCUGAGGGGACUUAUGAAUCUGGGAUCGACUUGUUUUAUGAACUGUAUAGUGCAAGCACUUAUCCAUACACCACUUUUGAGUGAUUAUUUUUUGUCAGAAAGACAUGAAUGUAACUUGAAGUCUUCAUUAAAAUGUUUGGUUUGUGAGGUUUCACGCUUAUUUCAGGAGUUUUACUCUGGUUCCCGGGGACCACUUUCUCUACAUCGCUUUCUACAUCUCAUAUGGAAUCAUGCCAAGCACUUAGCCGGAUAUGAACAACAAGAUGCCCAUGAAUUCUUUAUCGCAACACUAGAAAUUUUGCAUCUACAUUGCAUAAACUCUAAAAAUGAUGAGAGAAACAAAGUGCCAACAUACAGUACUAGCGAAACAUGUCCCACUCAAUGCAAAUGCAUCAUCGACCAGAUUUUCACUGGAAUGUUGCAGAGUGACGUUGUGUGCCAGGCCUGCAAGAAUGUGUCUACUACAAUUGAUCCUUUUUGGGAUAUAUCACUGGAUCUAGGUGAAGUGGAAGGUGGGACAUCUCCUAAAAGUCUUAUUGACUGCCUGGAGCGCUACACCAGAGCCGAACAUCUUGGGUCCACUGCUAAAAUAAAAUGUUCUACUUGUAAAAGCUAUCAAGAAUCAACAAAGCAAUUAUCCCUGCGAACACUUCCCAGUGUUGCAAGUUUUCAUCUCAAACGAUUCGAACACUCGAGCGUAAUUGAUAAGAAAAUCUCGACAUUCAUUUCAUUUCCAGCGGAAUUCGAUAUGAAGCCGUUCAUGUCAGAAAAAAAUAAUCCCUACGGUGACUACCGGUACUCCCUUUAUGCCGUUGUAAACCACCUAGGUACCAUUGACACUGGGCACUACAUUGUAUAUGUUCGCCAUCACAAAGACACCUGGGUCAAGUGCGAUGAUCACACUAUAACAACUGCAACGUUGAAUCAAGUACUUGACAGCGAAGGUUAUCUUUUGUUUUAUCACAAAAACAUAUUGGAAUACGAGUAAGUUUGCCCCCAAUUUCUGAGGAGUGACUGAUAUCAUUUAUAAUUUUCUGUUUAAAUAUAAUCAUUUGUGAAAAUGGAUAGAAUAAUUUAUUUUGUUUAAGUUAAAUAUAAGAAAAUUUGUAAAAUAAAGCCAAAAUUAUUUAUUUUGA